CCACCACUCCGCUGGAGCCAGAGGUCAUUCGGGUCAUGACGGAGGCCAUGCGGGAGGCCUGGGGGAACCCCAGCAGCCCCUACCUGGCAGAGUGCCUCCAACCCUUGUGGUCAAGGUGGCUGGUCUGGCUCAAGCCCUCACGACAGCACUCCAGCCUGUGGGAGGGAGAAGGGUAGAGCUGCGUCCUGGAAGGACGCAGGUAGCAGCGUGAUCUCACGCGUUACUGCCUCCCCCAUCUCCUGGCAGACGGCCACAGCCCUCUCCUCUGUGUCUGGUCAAAAGGCCAAGGACAUCAUCACCGCGUCCCGGGAGGCCCUGGCGCGCAUGCUGGGUGGGAAACCACAGGACAUUGUCUUCACCUCUGGGGGUACCGAGUCCAAUAACCUCGUGAUCCACUCAGCAGUGAAGCACUUCCAGGAAACCCAGGGACCCAAGGGAGCCCCUGGGGAGCAGCAGAGCCCCGGGAAGGGGGCCCGGCCCCACAUCAUCACCUGCACCGUGGAGCAUGACUCUGUCCGUCUGCCGCUGGAGCAUCUGGUGGAGGAGCAGGUGGCCGAGGUCACCUUCGUCCCCGUGUCCACAACAAGUGGGCAGGCAGAGGCCGAUGACAUCCUGGCUGCAGUGCGCCCCUCCACAUGCCUCGUGACCAUCAUGCUGGCCAACAAUGAGACCGGCGUGGUCAUGCCCGUCUCUGAGAUUAGCCAGCGCCUGAAAGCCCUGAACCAGAGGCGUGUGGCUUCGGGGCUGCCCUGCGUGUUCAUGCACACGGACGCUGCGCAGGUGCUGGGGAAAAAGCGCGUGGAUGUGGAAGAGCUGGGUGUGGACUUUCUGACCAUCGUGGGCCACAAGUUCUAUGGCCCACGGAUUGGGGCCCUUUAUGUGCGAGGCCUGGGCAAGCUGACGCCGCUGUACCCCAUGCUGUUUGGAGGUGGACAGGAGCGGAACUUCAGGCCAGGGACGGAGAACACCCCGAUGAUCGCUGGCCUUGGGAAGGCCGCUGAGCUGGUAACCGAGAACUGUGAGGCUUAUGAGGCCCAUAUGCAGGACGUCCGCGACUACCUGGAAGAGAGGCUGGAGGCUGAAUUUGGCAGGAAGAAAAUCCAUCUGAACAGCCGCUUCCCGGGGGCUAAGCGUCUUCCCAACACCUGCAAUUUCUCCAUCCAGGGCCCUCAGCUCCAAGGCUCUCUGGUGCUUGCGCAGUGCCGAACACUGUUGGCCAGUGUGGGGGCUUCAUGCCACUCGGACCAGGGGCACCGGCCCUCCCCGGUGCUGUUGAGCUGCGGAGUCCCCCUUGAUGUGGCCAGGAAUGCACUCCGGCUCAGCGUGGGCCGCAGCACCACCAGGGCUGACGUGGACCUCGCUGUGCAGGACCUGAAGCAGGCAGUGGCCCGGCUGGAGGGGCAGGCCUAGCAGGCACCCGCCCGGCACCCCGGGGCUGUUGUGCCCACAGCCUAGCUGGGGUCUGAGGUGGUGUUGCCACCUGCCUGGCCACCCACCAACACCAGAGCCACAUCCCCUCCUCGCACAACAGUGGGCCUGUCCUGAGUGCCCUUUCCAGAAGGUGGAGUUUUACCCCAAAGAUCAAAUCCAUGAAUUUAGAAUCUGUCCUCCAGCGAGAUGUGGCCCCAAGAACAGGAAGUGGCAGUGCAGUGGCGUGGAUCCCAGCGGCCAUGGAGGCCAGCCUGGGCAGCUCAGUGAAACCCUGCUGGAUUUUAUUUUUGGUACUGGGAUUUAAAACU